AUGCCGUCCCCUCUUGCAGACCCCGUCAAGCUGCCAUGUGGACUUGUUUUACCAAACAGAUUGAGCAAGGCCGCCAUGGCCGAGCUCAUGGCUAAGAAGAAUCAACCCACAGACCCCCUCCUCGACGCCUACACUCAAUGGUCCGAAGGUGGAUGGGGUAGCAUCCUAACAGGAAACGUACAGGUAGACGUAAACCACAUGGGCAGCCCCUUCGACCCAGCUCUACACGCCGAAUACAAAGGCCCAGAAAGCAACAGCAGCCUAGUAUCGGAAUGGAAGAAAUACGCAGACGCAACCCAGAAACACGGCACACCGGCGAUAGUGCAAAUCUGCCACCCAGGACGCCAGUCGUUCCGCGUGGCCGGUUACCGUGGUAUGUUCGCGCCGACUCUAGCGCCGUCUGCGGUGCCUAUUAAGGUUGGCGAUGGUUUGCUUGAGAGGAUGGUUAGCUGUCUUGCUUGGUCGCAGCCUAAGGAGAUGACCCACGCCGAUAUCGAGCGUGUCAUCAGGCAAUUCGUUGACACGGCUCGGCUCAUGGCUGAUGCUGGGUUUUCUGGGGUUGAGCUGCAUGGUGCGCAUGGAUAUCUGAUUGAUCAAUUCCUCAACAGCAAAACCAACCUCCGAACAGACGCCUACGGUGGCACGCCCUCCAAGCGCGCCAGAUUCGUCCUCGACAUCCUGACCGAAACCCGCAAAGUCGUCCCCUCGACCUUCUGCAUCGGCAUAAAACUAAACUCAGCCGACCACAGCUCCGCCAGCUUCGAAGAAACAAUGACUCAAAUCGCCCUGCUAGCCGAAGCCGGCAUCGACUUUAUGGAAAUCAGCGGCGGAAGCUACGAAGAUCCCAAGAUGAUGGGCUAUGCCAAAACAGACACAUCGGUAACUGAAAAGCCCAAAUCCGAACGCACGGCUGCGCGCGAGGCCUUCUUCCUUGAAUUCUCGAAGGAGGUCCGGAAGCGCCAUCCUGGUCUGGUGCUUAUGUUGACUGGUGGGUUCCGGACACGGGCUGGUGCCGAGUCGGCUAUUCUCGAUGGGGCUUGUGAUCUUGUUGGCAUUGGAAGGCCUGCGGCUAUUGAUCCGAAGUUCCCGUUGCUUUUGUUGGAUGAGAGUGUUGCUGAGGGGGAUGCUGUGCUGCCUUUGAAUAAGGCGCCUGUUCCUUGGUAUACGCGCUUUUUGCCGCUGCAUCUUGUUGGGGCUGGGGCUGAGAGUACUUAUUACGCUGGUCAGAUUCAGCGCUUGGCUAAGGGUAUUGCUACUAUGGUGCCGCCCUUGUGA